AUAGGUUAGUAGCUCCAUCCCCCCAAAACAGCCAGACGAUGGCAGCGGUGGAGCAGCAGGACGCGAGCGCGCGGUACUUUGCCCGGCCGAAAAAGAUACCGCUCCCGACCAACUACCGGAACGCGAUCAAGUACGUCCGGCUGGCGAUCGAGGAGCAGCGCAACGUGCAGGAGCUGCUCGACCAGGACCGGCACUUCCGGGUGGGUCGCACAAUCGUGGGCCGGGUGUUGAGCAACUGGCCCAAAAUCGAGGCCGUCUAUGCGAGCCUCGACCUGGCGGCGAAGGAGCCGCGCCUGAACCCGUGGCUGGCGAAGGUGCUGAUCAGCGAGCUGCUGUUCGGGAGCGGCCGGCUGGUCGGCAACUCGCUGCCGGUCGAGUGCGUGCUGCAGUACGAGCAGCAGGUGCACGGCGCCCACAAGGAGCUGCUGGAGAAGAUGCCGGCCGCGGGCCACGUCAAAGAGCCACGGUUCGUGCGCAUCAACACGAACGUGCUGGACCUGGAGGGCGCGAAGCGCCUGCUGGCCGAGGAGCAGUGGAUGCUGGUGGAGGAGCGCUUCGCCGACUACGGUGCGUUUAUCGAGCGCGUCAAAACGCUCGCCGACGCGGAGUACAUGGAGGACUUUCACUUUCCCGAUCUGCUGGUGUUCCCGAACAGUGCCAAAUCAUUCUGGUCGCGGGCCACGCACCUGCACGACCAGUUCCUGCUGCAGAACAAGGCCUGUCUGCUGCCGACCUAUCUGCUGAAGCCGAGCAAAAAGUCCGUCGUGCUGGACAUGUGCGCGGCGCCCGGCCUGAAGACGACGCAUCUCGCCUGCCUGAUGAAGAACCGGGGCCGCGUCUACGCGGUGGAGCGCCACGAGAAGCGAUACCAGACGCUGUGCCAGUACGCCAGUGCGUUCGGCGUGAUCAAGACGAUCCACAGCGACUGUCUCGACCUGACCGACGAGCAGCUGCCGGGCGUCGAGUUCGUCCUGGUCGAUCCGAGCUGCUCCGGGUCGGGCAUGCUGCAGCGCCAGAUCGUGCCGGAACCGGUCGACCAGGAGCGGCUGUUCAAGCUCGCCGGCCUGCAGUACAAGCUGGUGUCGCACGCGAUGAACGCGUUCCCGGCCGUGCGCCGCAUCGUCUACUCGACCUGCUCGCUGCACGAGGAGGAGAACGAGCAGGUGGUGCAGGGCGUGCUGCGGCACAACGGCCACUUCCGGCUGCUGGACGCGCGCAAGGAGCUCGGCAAGGAGUGGCCGAACGUCGGCUCGCCCGACUACCCGGACAUCGGCGAGCGCUGCCUGUACGCGAAGACGGUCGACGAUCUGACGAUCGGCAUGUUCGUCGCCGUGUUCGAACGGUGCCCGGAGGGGGUGCAGAACGAGGUGUAUCUGGCACACGAGAAGCAGAAGGAAAGCUACGAGCGGAUGCACUGGUACAGCGACAAGGCGGAAAGGGCGCUGGCCGAGGCAAGGGGCAAACACCAGCGCACGUAUCGGACAAGUGAGCGGGGGGAGGGAGAACUGUACGGGCAGGCAGAGGCGGAUGCACUGAAGGUUCCAGAGCGGAGCGUACAGGAGCAAGGGGUACAGGAGGCGAAUGGGCUGGAAAAUGUAGAAGUAGAGGGGAAUGGUGUAUCCAAGACGAAGAAAAAACGGAUAAAGAAAGAGAAGGAAGAGGAAGAAAAUGGGUUGGAAAAUGUAGAAGCAGAGGUGAAUGGUGAAACCAAGACGAAGAAAAAACGGCCAAAACAAGAUAAGGAAGAAGAGGAAAAUGUGCUGGAAAAUGUAGAAGCGGAAGUGAAUGGUGAAACCAAGACGAAGAAAAAACGGUCAAAGAAAGAGAAGGAAAAGGAGGAAGAUGGAUUGGAAAAUGUAGAAGUAGAGGGGAAUGGUGAAUCCAAAACGAAGAAAAAACGGAUAAAGAAAGAGAAGGAAGAGGUGGAAAAUGUGCUGGAAAAUGUAGAAGUAAAGGUGGAAGUUGAAGGCAAAGUGCAGAAAAAACGGAUAAAGAAAGAGAAGGUAAAGGAGGAGAAUGGCCAGCCUGACGGGGAGACAGCAGAAUACCAUAUGCAGCGAAAUGUUGAGUUGGACGUUGAAAUUAAAUCAGAGAAAAAGCGAAAGAAGAAAGAGAAGCUUCAGGAACAGAAUGGGCACCAUGAGGUACAGGAACAACCAGUAGGAGAGCAGGAGGUGAAAGAAGAACUCACAGAAGCAGCAACAGCAAAAAAGCGCAAAAAAAGCAAGAAAAGGAAGACUACCGAAGGAGAGGAGCCAACGGUGCAGCAGGAAGGUACGGAGACGACGGAAAAGGUUAAAUCCAAAAAGCGGAAGAAGGUGGAGCAGUGAGUGAAGUCAAUUCAUCCAAUGAGUUGACACUUGUUUUGUACAGGAUUCUCUCACUCUCUCUCAAAGGUACUAUAAGAGUAAGCUGUUAACAGUGAACUUUUGCGAAACCAACCGGAUUUUGGUUUUCUAUACAAAUAAAACACGUUUGCCAGCA